UUGCCGCCCACAUUCAUUACUCCCUGGGGUUAGUUAGUUCCUCCCCUGACGGAGUUGUUUACCCCGGGGCCGGUGAUUAACUCCACGCCCCGGUCCGGGCCCCGCUGCUGUUUCCCCGCCGCUGAUGGAGGCGACGGCGGCCGCGGCAGAGUCUUGUUCUCUGGUCGAUAUUUUAACCGAUGGUGACUGGGAUCGGCUGACACGACCAACUGAGGAUUACCUAUCGCAGCUCAGCGAGGAAUCCACUGAGGUCUUCCGUUUAACCAAUGGAGAACAGCUUGCCAUCACCCCAUCAUCUGUGGCCUUCCUUAAUCUGUUCGAGGACUGCGUUGAACAGCGGAUACUGGCCUUGCUGAAUCCGCAGGAUCACAAGACGGUGAUUGCCGUCUACCUGGGGCAGGGCUGGUGCUCGCUAGACCAAGCCUUGAGGACGUCCAAGCGAGGGAGGCAGGAGCUGGUCCAGGUGCGGUCGGUCGGGGAGCGGAUUGUGCUCUACCUGCUGAACCGGGUGAUCUGUGGGAGCAGCGAGCUCCCGGCCAACGUCCUCCCAUUCCGGGAUCAUCCCAUCAACGAGUUUGCCAAGAUCUUCUGGAAGGACCAAGAAGCUGCCGGGUUUUACACCGUGAAGAUGAAAGCGAGCCUGUGCUCCACCCACACCAGCCGGUGUUACCAGCUGCCCGUCCUGGACACCAUCUUUGUCCGCGAGAAACACCGGGGCCGGGGGCUCGGGCGGGAGAUGCUGGAGGACUUCUGCGGCCUGUUUCCCGACGGCGAGGAGGAGCUGGGAAUCAGCCGGCCCAUCUCAGCGGCCAUGUACAGAGUUUGCCACAGGUAUCUGCAGUCUCGACCUGAAGACCAGAAUCGCCUGUGGGAGGUGGAGGCUCCAGGAGACUGGAGCCAAAGGGAGAAUGUCUGGUUAUUGAUCCAAAUGGGAGACAUACCCUCGGCUGACUCUUCGGCCCAUCCGGGUAGCACCUGAGAGGGUCAAAGGGCAAGGAGGGGAAUGCCGGAGUGCGGGGCGACAAAGGUGAAAGAAUGGUGGAACCACGACCCGGAAGGUGUUCCCGGGGGAGGUGGUGGUGGAGGCAGAGAGGAUCGUCACAUCCAAGAGACUUUCGGAUAGUUACAUGGAUAUGCAGGGAAUGGAGGGAUAUGGAUCUCUUGCAGGCAGUGUUAAUCUUGGCAUCAUGUACAGCACAGACAUUGUGGGCCGAAGGGCCUGUCCCUGUACUGUACCGCACAGGGUG